AUGGAUCCAGUCGUGGCUAAAUCUCACAUCCCCCCAGCCGACUACUAUCAAUACACUUCAAGAGACGCUAUAAUCUAUGCGCUUGGGGUUGGUGCACACGCCAAAACAGAUCUACGAUAUGUCUAUGAGAUGGCGGAGGAUUUUCUACCGCUUCCAACAUUCAUUGUGGCUCCAGGCUUGGCGGCUGGUAGCAUUUUUGGUUGGCCAGGAAUUAAAUUUGAUCUAUCAAAGAUUCUACAUGGUGAACAGUACAUUGAAUUGUACGAACCCCUACCAUCGGAAGCCAAACUUCGCUCUGAAGCUCGAGUGGUAGAUGUAUUAGAUAAGGGCUCAGGAGCACUGAUUUUGACAGAAGUCACCACAUACGACGAGGAAACUGGGAAAAAACUUUCUAAGCAACAAUUGGGUAUGUUUCAAAUGGGCUCAGGAAAAUUUGGCGGCCAGCGUGUUAGCCCACACGAGAAGCCUGCCGCCGAAAUACCAAAAACGAUGCCAGAUGCCGUGUUUGAAGAGAAAACAUCUGUUGAUCAGGUGAGUAGACCUAAUUUGGACACGCAUACACACAUACUUGCAUACACAUAG